AUUCCAAGCAAUUCGGUUGUGUGCCUUUUAGAGUGCGUCGCUCUGGUGUAUAUGUAUAUUUUCUGUUUGCCAUACGCCGCGUUGCACCACUUAAACAUUCCAAAACAUAAGGAUUACCAAAUUAAUUAAAUUCGCUAACACACCACAUUCCAGAAACUUCGCCUGAAGAUGAUGAUGUUGCAUCCUACUCCGGCUCAGCGUGUCAGCAUACGUGAGGAGUUGCGCGAACCAGAGGACCCUUCUGAUAUUGAGCGCGACAUCAAGUUGAUACGAGAAUGGUUGGAGACGCAGCCGCACUUGCCCAAGGAUAUGGACGAUAUGCGUUUAACGACCUUCUUGCGCGGCUGUAAGUUUAGCUUGGAGAAAGUGAAGAAGAAGCUGGAUAUGUACUACACAAUGAGGAAUGCGGUACCGGAGUUUUUUGCCAACCGGGAUAUUAACCGUGAAGAACUAAACAUUGUUUUAGACUAUGUACACUGCCCCACGUUACCAGGCAUAACGCCAAAUGGGCGCCGCAUCACCUUUAUACGGGGAAUUGACUGUGACUUCCAGCCCCAUCAUAUUUUGGAUGCCAUGAAGGUGGCCUUAAUGAUUGGAGAUGUGCGUCUAGCUGAAGAGAGUGUUGGCAUUGCCGGCGACAUAUUCAUUUUAGACGCAGCUGUGGCAAGUGCUUCGCACUUUGCAAAGUUUUCACCGACUGUAGUAAAGAAAUUUCUUAUUGCUGUUCAGGAAGCGUAUCCCGUUAAGGUAAAAGAGGUCCAUGUGAUUAACAUAUCCCCGCUGGUAGACACGAUCUUUAAUUUCGUGAAGCCCUUCGUUAAAGAGAAGAUUCGUAGCCGCAUAACUUUUCACAAUGAUGUAGAGAGCCUAUACAAGGUGGUUCCAAAGGAUUUGCUUCCCAAUGAAUACGGCGGCAAAGCUGGUGGUAUUGUGGAGCUCAAUCAAUGGUGGAAACAAAAGUUAGCCGACAAUACUAAGUGGUUUACCGAGCAGGAGGAUAAAAAGGCCAAUGAAUCGUUGCGCCCCGGCGCACCAAAGACCAGUGACGAUUUGUUUGGAAUGGAGGGUACAUUCCGUCAACUGAACAUCGAUUAAAAAUUUUGAAUCAAGUACACAUUUUGCAAAAUUAACUUGCUUUAUUGAACGCUUUUUCAUGAUCUUCUAUUGCAUGUAUACGUAUUUUUAUAUUCUUUAUGCUUGUGCAAAUUCGGCAGUAAAUUUUCACAAUAAAUAGUAAAGGACCAGCAAAUAAAA